CAAAGGACCAGAAAAUACCAAGGCCGAAGGGCUGUAUGGACCGUGUCUGCUAUUAUUGACUGUCGAUUAUAAAAAAGUUAAAACUUUAGUCAAAGCCCUAAAAAAAUUAUCAGAAUUAUCUCCCGUGGAAAAUAUGGCGGCCGAAGCAACAUUUUGAAUGAUCAAAUAUAAAAUUGUGAAAUAUUUUUUAUAAGAGAGGUAUAAGGGAAAGACAUUUGCAGUUUAUAGCUCAGUUUCAGGUCUCGACUGCAUUCACAUAGAAUUAUACCAGCCAAAUAUGAUUUUGGCCAUAUAGGCUCCAGAAAAGUGAAGUUUUGGAGAGCCAGCCAAUCAAAAGGCGUCAUUUCUCAUGAGCCUUAAAAAUAUGGAUGCCUCGAUGGACAAAGAAUCUCGAAGAAACGACUGAGAAGGAUGAAAAGCUGCAUAAAUUUUGUACAUAAACACAAUACUGCAUAGAAGACAAUUAUUGGACUGUAACCAUGGCAACCCCUGAUAUGGAAGUGAUUAAGGAUAUACCUGGGUACAAGGUUAUUCUGAAAGCAGUCCUGAAAAGCCAGAUACAGCAACUGGUAGAACAGUUGGCAAGUACCACAGAGGAAGAAUCUGUGAUCCUAACAGCUAGUGUAGCUGAUGGCACGCUGUGUCAUCUAGGCUCGGACUCGGGCAAGGUGUUCUUGGAGGAUCAUGAGGAUAUCAAAUCACAGUUCCUAGGCUUCUGUCUCAAAAGACAUCAUAGAAAAAAACAAGAACAAGAAAGGCGGGAGGCUCAGGAAAGAGAGGAAGCUCUGGCCCGCAGUAUGCAGGCAGUCACCCCACCCAGGUACGAUGGUAUGGGUAACAGAAUGGGUUUUAUGCCUCAGCGGUCACCAAGGUAUACCUCACCACGCCAGCAAGGACCUCACCCUGUGGCCAUGAGUAGGGCACCAUCUGGCGGCAGAAUGAGGUUACCAGGUAACAGACACCAACCAUAUUCAAUGACACGGCCAGCAAGAACUCCAUUAAACUUUGAUCAACAAGGACGCUCUCCUGGACAAGGGCCAGGUCCUGGUCCCUAUGGGAGUACCAGUAAGAAGUAAUAAAAUUGAUGGACAAGUUAUAAAAAUAGAACCUGAAGACGAAGAUGAUAAAACAGAUCAAGGUGCAAGCGAAAAUACGACUGUUCAAACACCUACUGUUCAAACUCCCACUGAUUUAAGUACAAACAUUUCAGAAUCUAGUCAACC